CAGUACAAACUGCAACCGCGGAGUUUUUAGUUGCCGUUUGUCAAACGCACGCGGAACAUCGCUCGCGGCGGGAUUCUAUGCGCGCGAUCUGUCCAAAUAACAAUUCGAUUUUUAAAUUUUGUUCCGUCCAUUUUCAUAACAUGGAUUUUUAAUCUAAGACUGAUUUUGUGAUACUUGGUUGUGAAAUAAAUAUAAAUUUGGUACAUGACAAAUAACAUGGCUUACGACAAUACAACAAAGGGGAAAGAAGAAAAACUCGCGGAGAAAACACUUAAAGACACUGACUUAAUCGCCACAAGCGAAAUGAAAAAUAAUUUUGUAAAGAACAAAAUGGAAAAGGUACAGGAGAAAACCGAUGAUUGGAUCGACUUAAAUUUCUUCCAGAAAGCCAAACGCUUGAUAUCUCUAAUAACGGUUGAACCGAUACUUGCUGGUUACGUCAUGCCUUCGGUACUCUCAGCUCUCGCUACGCAAAAUUUGUAUUUGGAGAAAGCGUGCAGAGUAAAUUUAGCCUUCGAUCACCACAUUUGCGAUGCCUUAACCAAAAGAGAUACCGCUAAUUACACUUUUGAAGAAGAAGCAGUGCAGACACUCGUAGCGUCUGUAGCUGGAUGGAAAACAGUAUUGCAAUCGUUUCUUCCAUGUGGGAUUUUAAUAUUCUUAGGCGCGUAUAGUGAUAGAGUUGGACAGAGAAAGAUUUGCAUGCUAUUACCUAUAAUAGGCGAAUUCCUGACAAGUAUUGGCCUUAUAGUGAAUACGUACUUUUUCUACGAAUUGCCGGUAGAAGUUGCAGCAGUGACCGAAGCCAUAUUCCCUGCUUUGACUGGAGGAUGGUUCACCAUGUUUAUGGGAGUGUUUAGUUUUAUCGCUGAAGUGACGACCGAGGAUCAAAGAACGUUGCGAAUCGGAAUCGUGAAUUUAUUUUAUUCUUUAGGAGUCCCCGUUGGAGCGGCUUUAAGUGGAAUUUUAGUCAGAAAAAUCGGGCUAUACGGAGUGUUUUCUUUAAGUGCCUCGUUAUAUGUUUUGAGUUUUCUAUAUGCUUUCUUCAGGAUAAAGGAAGUCAAACGAAUUAAUACAAGUGUGAAGCCAACUAAUAACUGCUGCGAGUGGUUACGAGAUUUCUUUGAUACACGCUAUGUAAAAGACACUAUAAUGGUGGCAUUCAAGAAUGGACCAAAUAGGAGACGGUUACGAGUUAUUAUGCUAGUAAUCGUGCUGUGCGUAGUCAUUGGACCAAUUUACGGUGAAAUGUCAGUCAUGUAUCUGUUCACAAGAUAUCGUUUUAAUUGGAACGAAGUGGAUUUCAGCAUGUUCUCGACUUACGCUAUGUGUACUUCAUUAGUAGGCACUUUGUUUUCUGUGGGCAUAUUCAGCCACGUACUAAAAUUUGAUGACGCAAUCAUUGGUGUCAUAUCAUGUACGAGUAAAAUUCUGUCUGGCUUCAUGUACGCGUUUGCUACUAAAUCCUGGCAUAUGUACAUAGCACCGCUUGUCGAGGUUUUCAACGGAACUUCGUUUAUAGCAAUGCGGUCUAUGGUGUCAAAGUUAGUCGACAAAGAUGAACUAGGUAAAGUGAACUCGUUCUUUGGAGUAGCGGAAGCCAUGAUGCCUUUAGUAUACGCACCAAUGUAUACUACAGUAUACACAGCAACCAUCAAGACAUUCCCUGGUGCCUUCUUCCUAUUGGGCGGUGGUCUCACAAUACCCGCUGUACUUAUAUUUUUAUGGUUAUAUUUGGCAAACAAGAAAUUUCUCGCAAGCGAAACCUCUAACAAAGAAAAUGUCAAUGAAGAACGUGAAAAAGGACAAGAAAACAAAGCAUUCGAGAGUGAUGAUCAAAAACAUAAAGUCGAAGCCAUCCCAGAAAAUCCAGAUAGUGUUGCCGCACAGAUAGAAAUAGGUUUCACACAAAGUAUGGUUUGCACAAGUAAGCUAUAAAUGCAUUGAACGCAUUAUGAUAUUGAAUUUCUGUGAUAUACGAUAUUUAUUAGACAUAUUUAAGUUCCUGUCGUUCAUAUUGAGCUUUUUCAAACAAACGCAAAUAUUUAUUUAAUAAGUAAGCAGGCUAGCGUAAAUAUUGACCUACUCAUUCAUAAAAAACAUAGGUCGAAUUGCACCGACAUUGACAAAUAACAACAAUUUGUCAGGAAUAGACGAAACAGUACUUUAGUUAACAGGGUAGAGAGAAUAAGGCUUAGUUUUACUUUGUCAUUCGUUUUUAGAUUAUGGUUUUUCUUGAAUAUAUGUCAGAUAAAGUAAUGAUAUUUCAAUUAUUAUUAUUCAAACUGAAAUACUUGUAUCUAUGGUCAUGUUAAUAAAAAAAAGUCCGAUCUAGUUACCACAUAAAAUUGUCCUUCCGUUUCAAAUAUUAUAUAUUAGUGCGAUAGGGUCGCGUUCCUACAAAAAAAUAUUACUACGGUAAUAAUUUCACAAUAUAUAUUCGAUUCUCAAGCGCCAAACAUAAGAUUUUUUUUAUUGAAGAUUUUAUGGUCUGGUAAGCGUAUUUCGUUCAAGUAGACCAACGAGAGUAGAGCACUUGCGACGCGCGAAUUCCCGCGCUUUUAUCGCAUAAGGAUUUAAACAUGACACUUAUGACUUAACUGUGAAAUGCUUAAAUUCUUGUGUCUCAAAGCUUAUUUUCUAUCACUUAUAUCAACGCUUAUAUAAAUUGAAUAUCUACAUGCAUAGGUUUGAAAGAGCUUAAAUCAAAAACACAACUGACAUUAUUAUAUUAGAACGAUCAAGUGAUAAUUAGUACCUAUACUUACUAGUACUUAAGAAUAAUUAUUAAAACAAUUUAUUUAUAUGAGAUUUUGAGAUUGUUAAUAAAAAUGUGUAAAUUCAUAACUGUAGCAAUAUUUAAAUUCAGUUUUAGUAUAAUUUU